AUGGCUAGAAAGAAUAAUUCAAGGAAAUCCACACCUGUGAGUGCACCAAAUAAGGAAAAGAAGAAGGUUACCCAAGAGAAGCUUUCUACAAUCAUUCCAAGAGAAAGAACUACCAAAGCUAUUGAUGAGCUCAUAAAGUUCACUUCUAAUUCUCAGGAUGAUAAGGAAGAAGAACAGAAUGGUAAGAAGAAAUUAUUGGAAGACGACGAAGAAGACCUGAAGAAAGAUUUACAAUUAAUUGUAGUGAAUAACAAAUCAUUCACCGGUACUUCCAAAACCUUCAAAUUGAAAUUAUUAAACGUUAAACAUUCUCUUUAUAAGCCUUGGAAACAAGCUAGUGCAACCGCUAUCAAGGAUUUCAAAACUCUAUUGAUCUUGAAGGACUCUGAUAUCAAGAAGGUAUCAGAAGAUGAUUUAUUUGACAAAUUAGAUUCUGAAGGAAUCAAAAUUGAUGAAAUUAUUUGCGGUAAAGAUUUAAAGACUGUUUACAAGGCAUACGAGGCUAGAAAUGCUUUUAUUUCCCAGUUUUCCCUAAUCUUGGCAGACGACAGUAUAAUUACAUCUUUGCCAAAACUUAUGGGUGGUAAAGCUUACAACAAAGUGGAAACUACUCCUGUAGCAAUCAGAACGCAGGCAAAUAAGGAAUUUUCUCUAACUACCUUGACAAACAACAUCAAAAAGGUAUGCCACAAUCAAUUGCCAGUAAAACUUCCAAGAGGUACCACAUUGAACGUCCAUUUGGGUAAUUUGGAAUGGUUAAAGCCGGAAGAAUUUGUAGAUAACGUUGAGUCAAUCUCCGAGCAAUUGAUUGGGGCGUUCCCAAUAAGAUCCGUUUUCAUCAAGACGAACAAAUCACCUGUAUUGCCAUUAUACUAUAACCAAGAUGUUCUUGAUGAACUUGUCGCUAAGAAGGAGAAAGCCGAAGAAAAUACUGCAGACGAUACGGUCAUCAUUGAUGGUGUUCAAGUUCAUUUAUCCACUUUCAACAAGGGUUUAAUGGAAAUUGCUAACCCUGCUGAGUUGAGUUCAAUUUUCUCCAAACAAGUCAAUAAUGCCAAAAAGAGAUCUUCUAGUGAACUUGAAAAGAAAUCUAGUAAGUCCCAAACUGUUAAGAAAGCUAAGAAUUAA